ACUACCUGAUAGCAAAAAUAGCGAAAACCGAAAACAAAAACUGACAUAAGCCGGCCGUCAGUACUUUGGAAGCAGUCGCACAGUGCGGAUUAAGUGAUUAAAUAUUUUUUUUCUUCAUAUAGUAAAAUGAAUGAAUAUUGGAAAAUAGCUGGUGCAAUGAUACUACCUAAUUUAGGUGGAUUUGUCAAUGGCCAAAUAACAAGAAACAACCUACAAAACUGGUAUAAAAAUCUUAAGUUUCCAGCGUAUCGACCACCAAAUUGGGUAUUUGCACCAGUUUGGACUUCGCUCUAUUCCGGUAUGGGAUAUGCGUCUUACCUAGUUUGGCGAGACGGUGGCGGUUUCACUGGCGAUGCGAAAUUACCACUACUUGCUUAUGGUACGCAAUUGGCAUUGAACUGGGCAUGGACACCAAUCUUUUUCGGACAACGUAACAUAAAGGGCGGCCUUAUCGAUAUUGUUGCUCUGACGGCGACUGCAACGGCUUGUGGCGCAUUAUUUUAUUCCGUGAAUAAAGUUGCCGGCUAUAUAUUCAUUCCAUACGUUGCGUGGUUAAGUUUUGCUUCACUGUUAAAUUUCUCUAUUUUUCAACUAAACCCCGACACUGAAAAUACAAAUGAUAAAGCUAUUGAACCAGCUCAAGAAGAAAAAGAACCAGUGAACAAAAAAUAAAAAUAUAAACAAUAUACAUAAUAAUUACGUCAUUUCGUUGGAAUAAUUAUAAGCGUCUACGCAAAUAUGCUCAAAUCGGUUUGGAAAACGCAUAAAUUAUUAUAUUUAAUGGUGAACUUUGUAUAAAUAAAAUAGUACAAUUUGUUACAA